GGUCUCGAGGAUGGAAGAGAAGCUUAAGUUGACUGAAUCUCUUCUGGAAAGCAAGAAUCUUGAAAUAAAGAAAAUAAAUGAUGAGAAGAAGGCAUCGAUGGCUGCUCAGUUUGUAGCUGAGGCCACUCUGACAAGGGUCCAUGCUACUCAAAAGGACGAUGAUAUGCCUCCUAUUGAAGCAAUUCUUGCACCCUUGGAGGCUGAACUGAAGCUUGCGCGGCAAGAGGUUUUGUUGUGAUUUUUGAACUAUUGCUUCUGUCUCACAAAAAUAAUUUAGAUUUUUUUAUAAAU